GCCCUGAAAUAGCGCCGCCGCCGCCGGGCCCCGCCGCGCCGCGCCGCGCAGCCAGCCGCGCCGCACCGCGGCCAUGCCCGCCCCCGCCCCCGCCGCGCCCCGCCGCCUCGCCGCCGCCGCCCCCGCCGGCAAGGCCAAGCUCACGCACCCCGGCAAGGCCAUCCUCGCAGGUGGCCUCGCGGGGGGCAUCGAGAUCUGCAUUACAUUCCCCACAGAGUAUGUGAAGACGCAGCUGCAGCUGGAUGAAAAAGCCCACCCGCCCCGCUACAAGGGCAUCGGUGACUGCGUGAAGCAGACUGUCCGUGACCAUGGGGUUCGCGGGCUGUACCGGGGGCUCAGCUCGCUGGUGUACGGCUCCAUCCCGAAGGCCGCCGUGAGGUUCGGCAUGUUCGAGUUCCUCAGCAACCAGAUGAGAGACGAGCAGGGCAAGCUGGACAGCACGCGGGGCCUCGUCUGCGGGCUGGGCGCCGGCGUGGCCGAGGCCGUGGUGGUGGUGUGUCCCAUGGAGACCAUAAAGGUGAAGUUUAUCCAUGACCAGUGCUCCCCUCAGCCGAAGUACCGUGGCUUCUUCCACGGCGUGAGGGAGAUCGUUCGGGAACAGGGGCUAAAGGGGACCUACCAGGGCUUAACUGCGACCGUCCUCAAGCAAGGAUCGAACCAGGCCAUUCGUUUCUUCGUCAUGACGUCCCUCAAGAACUGGUACAAAGGGGAUGAUCCCAACAAGGUCAUCAACCCCUUCGUCACAGGGGUCUUCGGAGCCAUUGCAGGAGCUGCAAGCGUCUUUGGCAACACCCCCUUGGACGUGGUGAAAACCAGGAUGCAGGGGCUCGAAGCACACAAGUACAAGAGCACCUGGGACUGUGCCUACCAGAUCAUGAGGCACGAAGGGCCCCUGGCGUUCUACAAGGGCACCGUGCCUCGCCUGGGCCGCGUCUGCCUCGACGUGGCCAUCGUCUUCGUCAUCUACGACGAAGUGGUCAAGUUCCUCAACAAGGUGUGGAAAACUGACUGAGCCCGGCGCGGGCCGGGGCGGCCGUGCUGCCGCCGCCGCCGGGCAGCAGCUGGAGAAAGAUGACCAACCCCGGAGGAACCGCUCGGACCUUCCCCCAGGCGCGGCCGCGGGUCCAAGUCUCCCAGCGCGCGCGCGGGCCCCUCCCGCCCUCCCCUCGCAAACCCGAUGACCUUAUUUAUAGGAAGGAGCUGUGCAGCAGUUUAAAUUAUUAGUUGUGUGAUAAAAUGAGCGGGGAGGGAGGAGGAGCUGGAGCUGUCUGCGAGCGCCCCGGCGGCCGGGCCUGCCCUCGCCCGGCGCUGCCCCGAGGACGCGCCAGCCCCGCCGCCCCGGGCAGGCUGAGCCCGGCGCUGCUUCUCCCGGCUCCGCGAGACCCGGCCGGUGAGGGCGAGGCGUCUGGGGGCCCUGCAGCGCCCGUGGUCCCCGGCAGCGAGGAGCUCGCGGCGAGGGUUCGCCCUGGAGCAGAGCUCCCCGCUGCGCCGGGACCCGUGUUUUUGGGGCGGCCGGACCUCCUCCCUCUGCUGCGCCGGCACCGCGGACGCCUUGGGGUGCAGCUGCCGUGGGGCCGGGGCUCUCCCCGGCCGGGCCGUGCUCAGUGCGGCCGGGAGGCGCCUCAGCCCCGCUCCCCGAGCAGACGCUGCCCAAAAUUGCGUGGGUCCUCCUUCGUUUUCCUUCCUGAGGGGAUGGGUUUGGGGUGAGCUCAGCGCCAGCCGGGCCACCGCAGCGCCCGCUGUUUACAGUGGCACCGCACGAGCGACUGGGGGGCUCAGACUUGGGCCUGGGGCGCCCCGGGCUGCAGCCCGUCCUCCGCCACCCCCUUCCUUCUGCACAUUCCCUGCCCGCCGCCCCCGCUCUCCUGCUGCCCCCGCCGCGGCUCGGGAGCGCCGGCAGCUUGCGGAGCCCCGCGCCGACCCGGCGACGCUUGCGCUGCGGUUGGGGGGCCGGGGCCCUGCCGGCGCCCCGCGCUGGGAGCUCCCCCGUCCACACUGGUGCCAAAACGUCCCGCGGCGGGAGGCGGCGGCCGCGAGCGGGGACCUGGGGCUGGAUCUUCUGUUUCUUUACUGUGCUGUCAGUAACAAAUGCAGCCUUAACACUAGUGUAGGGGAGGGCGGAGGGGGAGACGAGAAAGCCUGGGAAAAGAUGUACUUUGGGGCUUUCUGCUCUUAAGCCAGUGAAGGUUGUUUUUUUUUUUUAUUUUACAUUUGCAACUUGAAUAAAAUCAGUCUGGCUUCA